AUGCCGCGCAGCCCCACGUCCAGCGAGGACGAGAUGGCCCAGAGCUUCUCCGACUACUCGGCGGGCUCCGAGUCGGACAGCUCCAAGGAGGAGACGGUCUAUGACACCAUCCGCGCGGCCUCCGGGAAGCCGGUCGCCGCCAGGGUGCAGGAGAGCCAGGAGCACACGCUGGUCAUCCGCAUCCUCAUCCACGACCUGCAGCAGACGAAGUGCCUGCGCUUCAACCCCGACGCCACGGUGUGGGCGGCCAAGCAGCGCGUCCUGUGCUCCCUGAACCAGAGCCUGAAGGACGUGCUCAAUUAUGGGCUCUUCCAGCCGGCCAGCCACGGGCGCGACGGCAAGUUCCUGGACGAGGAGCGGCUCCUGCGCGAGUACCCGCAGCCCGCGGGCAAGGGCGUGCCCUCGCUGGAGUUUCGCUACAAGAAGCGAGUGUACAAGCAGGCGAGCCUGGAUGAGAAGCAGCUGGCCAAGCUGCACUCCAAGACCAACCUGAGGAGAUGCAUGGAGCACGUGCAGCACCGUGCGGUGGACAAGGUCGCCAAGGUUCUGGAGCGCGGUCUGGACCCCAACUUCCACGACCUGGAGACAGGAGAGACGCCCCUGACCCUGGCCGCUCAGCUGGACGACCCCGCGGAGCUGAUCAAAGCGCUCCGCAACGGCGGGGCGCACCUGGACUUCCGCGCCAAGGAUGGGAUGACCGCCCUGCACCGGGCAGCCCGGGCCAGCAACCUGCCGGCCCUGAAGACCCUGCUGGAGCUCGGCGCGUCCCCCGACUAUAAGGACAGCUGUGGGCUGACGCCCCUGUACCACACAGCCAUCGUGGGGGGCGACCCCGGCUGCUGUGAGCUGCUUCUGCACGAGCACGCGACCCUCUGCUGCCCGGAUGAGAACGGCUGGCAUGAGAUCCACCAGGCCUGCAGGUACGGUCACGUGCAGCACCUGGAGCAGCUGCUGUUCUAUGGGGCCGACAUGGGUGCCCAGAACGCGUCGGGGAACACGGCCCUGCACAUCUGCGCCCUCUACAACCAGGACAGCUGCGCCAAGGUGCUGCUCUUCCGGGGCGGAGACAAGGAGCUGAAGAACUACAACAGCCAGACCCCCUUCCAGGUGGCCAUCAUCGCGGGCAACUUCGAGCUGGCCGACUACAUCAAGAACCACAAGGAGACGGAUGUGGUGCCCUUCCGGGAGGCCCCGGCAUACUCCAACCGCAGGCGGCGGCCCCCCAGCACGCUGGCCGCCCCCCGGGUGCUGCUACGCUCCAACAGCGACAACAACCUCAACGCCAGCGCGCCCGAGUGGGCCCCGCGCCCCGCCGGCCCCCGCAGCCUGUCCCCGCAGCUGCUGCCGCCCCCACCCGGCCACGGCCCUGGCCCCCGCGGCAGGCCGGGCGGCCCCGAGGAUGGCGCGAGGACCCCGCUGCCGUGGCCCGUCGGGCCCCCCUUCGUGCCCGGGGCCAGCAAGGACCAGCUCCCCGACUUCCAGCUCCCCGCGCCCCGGCGGAAGCUCUACAGCGCGGUGCCCGGGCGGCUCUUCGUCGUCGUCAAGCCAUACCAACCCCAAGUGGACGGCGAGAUCCCGCUGCACCGCGGGGACAGGGUCAAAGUUCUGAGCAUCGGCGAAGGGGGCUUCUGGGAAGGCAGCGCCCGCGGCCACAUCGGCUGGUUCCCGGCCGAGUGCGUGGAGGAGGUACAGGGCAAGCCCAAGGAUGUGCCGGCCGAGCCCCGCGCGGACCGCAGCAAGAAACUCUUCCGGCACUACACUGUGGGCUCCUAUGACAGCUUCGAUGCAGCCAGCGACUGCAGCGUCCAGGACAAGACCGUGGUCCUGCAGAAGAGGGACAAUGAGGGCUUCGGCUUCGUGCUCCGGGGGGCCAAAGCGGAUACGCCCAUCGAGGAGUUCACGCCCACGCCGGCCUUCCCGGCCCUGCAGUACCUGGAGUCGGUGGACGAGGGCGGCGUGGCCUGGCAGGCCGGGCUGCGGACCGGAGACUUCCUCAUCGAGGUCAACAGCGAGAAUGUGGUGAAGGUCGGCCACCGGCAGGUGGUGACCAUGAUCCGCCAGGGAGGAAACCACCUCGUCCUCAAGGUGCUCACGGUGACCAGGGCCCUCGACCCCGACGACACCGCCCGGAAGAAAGCCCCGCCGCCGCCCAAGCGCGCCCCGACCACGGCCCUCACCCUGCGCUCCAAGUCCAUGACGUCAGAGCUAGAGGAGCUCGUGGAUAAAGCCUCCGUGCGGAAAAAGAAGGAUAAGCCCGAGGACGUGGUUCCGGCGUCCAGGGUGGCCCGGAGCACAGAGAGCACGGAGCCCAGGGUGGCCACCAUCCGGCAGCGGCCCAGCAGCCGGUGCUUCCCGCCCGUCUCGGACAUGAACUCUGUGUACGAGCGCCAGGGGAUCGCCGUGAUGACGCCCACCGUCCCUGGGAGCCCGAAGGGCCCGUUUCUGGGCCUCCCCCGAGGUACGAUGCGAAGGCAGAAAUCAAUAGACAGCAGACUCUUUCUCUCAGGGAUCACAGAGGAAGAGCGGCAGUUCCUGGCACCCCCGAUGCUCAAGUUCACCAGGAGCCUGUCCAUGCCCGACACCUCGGAGGACAUCCCCCCGCCGCCGCAGUCAGUGCCCCCGUCCCCGCCGCCCCCGUCCCCCACCGCCUACAACUGCCCCAAGUCCCCCACGCCCCGGGUCUACGGGACCAUCAAGCCGGCCUUCAGCCCCAACCCCGCCAAGGUGGCGCCCACGGUGCGCGCCGACACGGUGGCCUCGGCGAUGCGGGACAAGGGGCUGUACCUCCGCCGCGAGCUGGACCAGCGCUACUCGCUGGACUCGGAGGACCUGUACAGCCGCGCGGCCGCGCAGGCCAACUUCCGCCACAAGCGCGGCCAGAUGCCCGAGAACCCCUACUCGGAGGUGGGCCGCAUCGCCAGCAAGGCGGUGUACGUGCCCGCCAAGCCAGCGCGGCGGAAGGGCAUGCUGGUGAAGCAGUCCAACGUGGAGGACAGCCCCGAGAAGACGUGCUCCAUCGCCAUCCCCACCAUCAUCGUCAAGGAGCCGUCCACCAGCAGCAGCGGCAAGAGCAGCCGCGGCAGCAGCGUGGAGGCCGAGCCGCCCGGCGACAGCCUCACGGUCAGCAGCCCGUUUGCCGCGGCCAUCGCCGGCGCCGUGCGGGACCGGGAGAAGCGGCUGGAGGCCCGCAGGAACUCGCCGGCCUUCCUGUCCACCGACCUGGGCGACGAGGACGUGGGCCUGGGGCCGCCCGGCCCCCAGGCGCGGCCCGGCGCCUUCCCCGACGAGGGCGGGUUCAGCGAGGACGAAGACGGCGCCGAGCCGCCGUCCCCCCCGGCCGGGCUCCCGGCCAGGGCGCCCGAGAACCAUUUCGCGGGGGCCGUUGUCGAGGCCGGCGCUCAGGGCGAGGCCGCCAGGCCGCAGAACUCCACAGCCAAAGCCAAGGGGCCCGAGGGCAGCCCCCUGGGGAGCCCCGAGAAUUACGUGCACCCGCUCACUGGGAGGCUGCUGGACCCCAGCUCCCCGCUGGCCUUAGCGCUGUCCGCGAGGGACCGAGCCAUAAAGGAGGCCCAGCAGGGCCCCAAGGGGGAGGCCCCCAAGGCCGACCUCCACCAGCCCCUCUACAUCGAUACCAAAAUGCGGCCCAGCCCGGAAGCGGCCUUCCCCGCGGUCACCCGGCAGAACACGCGGGGGCCCCUGCGGCGGCAGGAGACCGAGAACAAGUACGAGACGGACCUGAAGGAGCGGAAGGGCGACGACCGGAAAAACAUGCUCAUCGACAUCGUGGACACGUCCCAGCAGAAGUCGGCCGGCCUGCUGAUGGUGCACACGGUGGACGCCAAGCCGGACGCCUUCCUGGAGGAAGAAGACGAGAAGGCCGAUGAGGACACGGAGCCCGUCCCCUCGCUGCCCGAGGCGCCCGAGGGCACCCCCGACACCGAAGGUGCUUUACAGAUCUCCGCAGGCCCCGAGCCCGCCGGCCCCGCCGCCCCGCCCGGCAGAACCAUCGUGACGGCGGGCUCCGUGGAGGAGGCGGUGAUUCUGCCAUUCCGCAUCCCCCCGCCCCCGCUGGCGUCCGUGGACCUGGACGAAGAUUUUAUUUUUACAGAGCCAUUGCCUCCUCCCCUGGAAUUUGCAAAUAGUUUUGAUAUCCCUGACGACCGCGUCGCCUCUGUCCCCGCCGCCGCACCCCCAGACGUGGGCAAGCCGAAGCAAGGCGGCGUCUCCCCGGCCCCCUCGCUGCACUCGGGCCAACCCACCACCUCGGCCGACGCCAAGAAGCCAGCCAGCCUCUCCAACUGUCUGCCCGCCUCCUUCCUGCCGCCGCCCGAGAGCUUUGACGCCGUCACGGACUCUGGGAUCGAGGAGGCGGACAGCCGGAGCAGCAGCGACCACCACCUCGAGACCACCAGCACCGUGUCCACCGUGUCCAGCCUCUCCACGCUGUCCUCCGAGGGCGGGGAGUCCGUGGACACCUGCACCGUCUAUGCAGACGGCCAAGCCUUCCUGGUGGACAAGCCCCCGGUCCCCCCGAAGCCAAAACUCAAGCCCCUCAUCCCCAAGACCAACGCCCUCCACCAGGACGCGCUCCUGGAAGAGGACGUGGAGGGCUUCGUCCUGGCCCCGCCGCCCGUGCCCCCGCCCCCGCCCGGGGCUGCCCAGGGCACGGCCAAGGCCCUCCCGGCCCGGCCCUCCAAGCUGUGGGGAGACGCCCCGGAAGUCAAGAGCCCGAUUCUUUCCGGCCCCAAGGCCAACGUCAUUAGCGAAUUGAAUUCCAUCCUGCAGCAGAUGAAUCGAGAGAAGACGGCCAAGCCAGGGGAAGGACUGGACAUGCCGGCCGGAGCCAAGGCUGCCAGCCUCACGCCAAGAAGCCCAGAGGUCGUGAGCAGCGUCUCAGGUACACGGAGCACGACGGUCACCUUCACGGUUCGCCCAGGGACCUCCCAGCCCAUCACCCUGCAGAGCCGGCCCCCCGACUAUGAAAGUAGGACCUCAGGAACCAGACGUGCCCCGAGCCCGGUGGCCUCGCCCCCGGAGAUGAACACGGAGCCCCUGGCGGCCCCUCUGUGCGCCGUGUCCCCUGCCCCCAGCCUCGCCGACGUCUUCAGCCUCCCGAGCCAGGCGCCGGCCGGGGACCUAUUCGGCUUGAGCCCCGCGGGUCGCAGCCGGUCCCCGUCCCCCUCCGUCCUGCAGCAGCCGGUCCCCAACAAGCCCUUCAGCACCAAGCCCGUGCACCUGUGGACUAAGCCCGACGUGGCCGACUGGCUGGAGAGCCUGAACCUGGGGGAGCACAAAGAGGCCUUCAUGGACAAUGAGAUCGACGGCAGCCACCUCCCCAACCUGCAGAAGGAGGACCUCAUCGACCUGGGCGUGACGCGCGUCGGCCACAGGAUGAACAUAGAAAGGGCUCUCAAGCAGCUGCUGGACAGAUAAGAGUGGCUGCGCCCCCCCCCCACCCCACCCCCCGUUAUAAGUAGAGAUGGGCUGACCCGA